AAAUUCACUCGCAGCCAACCCAUUCAAUGUUUUUCUCUCUCUCUAACAUACACACACACAUCGGCAUUGCAUUGCGUUGCGAAUCCGGAAAUCUAGGUUGGUGGUGAUUGGAUCGAGUAUGUCGAAAUCGUUGCCGUACUCGAUGAAAGAUGUUCGCUAUGAUAACGCCAAGUUUCGCCAACGAUCGUGUUUCAAGAUGAUUACUCAGACUUUACUCACCAGUAAUGUGAAGCGUGAUUGUGUAAGAUGUAGUACGGGGAAGUUUUUAUUGUUACUAAUGAUUGGUGGUUUGGCAUAUCUUAUGUUCACUCAUGCAAGUCCAAUCAAUUCUGUUACUAGUCUAGCAAAAGAAGGCAAUCUCAGCACGAAUGGUAGUAACAAAUUUGGUAGAUUUUGGAGAAAACCACCAAGGCUUCCUCCUAGAUUAACACCUGAUCAAAUAAGUAGUAACAAUAUUUCUAUUCAUGAGCCUGAGAAGCUAAAUGCAGCAUCUAAAUGGAGAGCUAGGCAACAAAGUGUUAAGAACGCAUUUAUCCAUGCAUGGUCUGGCUAUAAAAAGUAUGCAAUGGGUUAUGAUGAACUUAUGCCACUGAGCCAGAGGGGAGUCGAUAGUUUAGGAGGUUUAGGUGCUACUGUUGUGGAUGCUCUGGAUACAGCCAUGAUAAUGGGAAUUGAUGAAGUAGUUUCUGAAGCAGGUUCGUGGAUUGAAAAGAACCUUCCAGAGAGGAUUAGUCAGAAAGGCCAAGUUAAUUUAUUUGAAACCACCAUACGCGUUCUAGGUGGCCUUUUGAGUGCUUAUCAUUUAAGCGGGGCAGAACAAGGGAAGAACCUGAUACACAAGGGGCCUAAGCCAAUUGUCUAUCUAGAAAAUGCUAGAAACUUGGCUGAUCAUCUGCUAAUUGCGUUUAAUUCUAGUCCAACUGUUAUUCCCUUUAGUGACGUUGUUCUACAUGAUCGCACAGCCCAUCCUGCUCCUGAUGGAAUGAGUAGCACUUCUGAAGUUUCCACUUUACAACUUGAGUUCAAUUAUCUCAGCUCUCUAACUGGUGAUCCAAAAUAUAGUAUUGAAUCCAUGAAGGUUUUGGAACAUUUGAAGACUCUCCCAAAGGUCGAAGGACUGGUUCCUAUUUACAUAAGCCCACAGACUGGUGAAUUUAAUGGGGAAAACAUUAGACUGGGAUCUCGUGGUGACAGCUACUAUGAGUACCUUGUUAAAGUAUGGCUUCAGCAGCGAGAUAGUAAACUGACAUAUUUACAUGACAUGUAUGAAGAAGCAAUGAAGGGUGUUAGGCACCUUCUUGUGCGAAAAUCUGUCCCAAAUGGAUUGGUUUUUGUAGGGGAACUGCCUUAUGGACCUAAUGGUGCAUUUAGUCCCAAAAUGGAUCAUCUGGUUUGUUUUCUUUCUGGUACUCUGGCCAUUGGUGCCACCAAAGGCAUGACAAAGGAAAAAGCUAUGAAUGCCAAUUUGCUCACCUUUGAAGACCUGGAAAAUCUGAAGCUUGCAGAAAGUCUUGCUGAGACGUGCUUUGAGAUGUAUUCAGUAACUUCUACCGGUCUUGCUCCAGAAAUUGCUUACUUCAAUACGGAGGGACAUUCUGAAGAAGGUCCAGAUGGUGGGAACAAGAGCUCCAAAUAUGUGCAUGACAUAAUUAUCAAACAUGCUGAUCGUCACAAUCUUUUGCGUCCUGAAACUGUUGAAUCGUUGUUCGUCUUGUAUCGCAUAACUGGAGAUCUGAAAUACCGUGAAUGGGGUUGGGAGAUCUUUAAGGCAUUUGAGAAAUACACAAAGGUCAAAACUGGAGGUUACACAUCUCUAGAUGAUGUAACUGUUCUUCCUCCUCGAAGAAGAGACAAGAUGGAGACCUUUUUCUUGGGUGAAACACUGAAAUAUCUGUACUUGCUGUUUGGGGACAACAAUGUCAUUGCUUUGGAUGAGUUUGUUUUUAAUUCUGAGGCUCAUCCUUUUCCUAUCAAAGGAACUACCAAAGAGCAAUGAUACUUUGACUACAGCCAAAGCAUUUAUACAGGUUAAAGCAUAAUGUUGCACUCGCUUAAUAGAUUUUGUGGGCACAGAUUAAAAAAUGAGUGAAAAUUUUACAGAGUUCUACUGUUGCAUCUGGAAGCCAUGAUAGCCUGGCGAUGAUAUUGACAAGUAUUAGCAGUGGCUCAACUUGGUUGUUUUCUUGUACUGUGAAUUGAUGGUUUAUCUGCAUCCCUCUGUCACAUUGGAAAACCAGAGGGAAAAAUGCUUUGGAAUUCUCUAUCUGUAUGCUGCCACCAGUUGAUGACAAUUUUGCAAAAUGUGUUUUUAUCAGUAGAUGUGGAGUGAUGUACUUAGAAUUUUUAUUUUUAUUUUCUUUCAUCUGUAAUGAGUCAAAGGCAACCAACCAUAUGUAACUGUUUUUUCCAGUUUUAUAGUUUUCCAGUAUUGUUAAUCGCUUUGGAGAGACAA